AUGAAGCACAUUUUCGCCACCUAUGGUAUGCCAAGAAGAAUAGAAACAGACAACGGACCACCAUUCAACUCCAGGGAAUUUAAAGAUUUUGGGCGAGAAGAAGGAUUUGAACAUUAUAACAUAACGCCAUUGCACCCUCGAGCAAAUGGUGAAGCAGAACGAUUUAUGCAGAUGUUAAACAAGACGGAAAGAGUAGCCAACCUUCAAGGGAAAAAUCGUCUUGAUAGACAGAACGCAGUACAAGACAUGUUAGUUGCAUACAGAUCGACACCACACCCAGCAACAGUAGUUACACCUUAUGAAGCGAUGAGUAGUGAAACCAUAUAUAUAUAAGAACCAAAAUGGAUCAUGUAGAACCAAAGUGAGACAAUACGGAAUUCGACGAACAGGUCGACCAAAGAGAUGCAGUUUACAAACAGAAAAUGAAGAAACGCGGAGAAGGGAAGCAAACGAAGAAAACUUCAUUAUUACUCGGUGGUUACGUGCUGGUGAGGCAACCAAAGAAGAACAAAUGGACCACACCGUAUGA